UGUCGGCUGCUGCUUUGGUCAACCGAUAGCCGCGGUAUGAAAAAAAAAGUGCCGAGUGCCGAUAUCCAGUACGAGGCCAGCGCUUUCCCUGGAGUCAUCGGAAAACGCGCUACUCUGCUCCUACAUCCCGACACAGCAGACAUGUUAGGAUAUUACAAAACAUUGUGAAACGAGUUUGGGAUUUCACUAAUAAUACAGGGCAGCCAUUGGUUGUGAAAAAACGUCCAUGAAAAAGUAAUUUAUAUAGCAAAAGUGUUGAAGAGAAAGCGUAGAAAUGACGACAGAAAAAAAGAGGCUGGCAAGAUGGUACUUUGGCGGCAUAGCGUCUUCCGGGGCUGCCUGUGUGACUCAUCCGUUAGAUCUACUCAAGGUCCAACUGCAAACACAACAGGAGGGCAAAGUGUCAAUUGGAAAGCACACGUUGAAUAUUAUUAAAAAACAGGGUAUACUCGCCUUAUACAAUGGCCUCAGCGCUUCCUUACUUCGUCAAGCUACGUAUUCCACUAUCAGGUUCGGCGCUUAUGAGGUUGGUAAACAAGCACUCGAAAGCUCCGGGAGCCCUGUACCGUUCUACCAAAAACUGUUACUCGCCGGUGGCGCUGGUGCUGCCGGUGGUGUUUUCGGUACACCCGGGGAUCUCAUAAACGUGCGAAUGCAGAACGACAUAAAAUUGCCACCGAAUCAACGUAGAAACUACAAACAUGCUUUGGACGGUUUGAUUCGAGUAACCAAAGAAGAAGGUCUUAUGAAACUUUUCAAUGGCUGUUCAACCGCAACUGGAAGAGCAGCUCUCAUGACUAUCGGACAAUUGUCAUUUUACGAUCAGAUCAAGCAGUCCAUGUUGCAAUCAGGAAAAUUCAAAGAUAAUCUUGGCACUCAUUUUGCCGCGAGCUUAUCCGCGGGAGCCAUUGCCACUACACUUACACAACCAUUAGACGUUCUGAAGACGAGAGCGAUGAACGCAAAGCCUGGCGAAUUCAAGAGUAUGUGGAAGCUCAUUUUGUACACAGCAAAAUUGGGACCGCUUGGAUUUUUCAAAGGCUAUGUUCCAGCCUUUGUUCGUCUGGCUCCCCACACAAUUCUCACGUUUGUAUUCCUUGAACAACUGCGUGUGAAUUUUGGCUUUAAUGCUGCGUAAAAAAAAAGAAAACCCUACAGGAAUUUGGGUAAAAGUGAAGGAAAAUAAGGAUUUGUAAAUACUAAUUGAAACCUGAUUAGACGGGACAUUGAAGUCCGCCUGAAACUGGUCCAAUCGCUUCAAGUUCAAAUAACACGAAAAAUUCAUCGACGAUCUUUCGUAUAUCAUGUAAAUAGUUCAGUAACUUGAGAUCGUGCAUUCCACAAAAUGUCUUCGAUAGAUACAAAAAGUAUCGCGCAAAAUGUCCAACAAACCAAAUGAUGUAUUGAAAAUGUUCACUAUCACAUUUCCAGCCAACAAUUUCGUUCGAUAACUUCUCGAUUUGUCAAGAGAGCAAGAUUCGCCAACUGUCCUUGCAAAAUUGGGAAUCAUUCAUUAUCAACAAUAAUUAUGGCAAAAAGUUGGCAGCAAAUUUUUUCAUAAAAAAAUUACGUCAAUCUAUAACGUCAAACUUUUUAUCAUCUACUAAUGAAUUUAAAUUUUCUAAAUGCUUAUUAACAUUUUCCAAUUUGAUUAAAUGUUUCCCAUCUAAAAUAAUUUAUAAAUAUGUGAUUUAUAAAAGAUUUCGUUCAACGACACAAAAGUUGCACGACCAACGUGUUGAAUCUCAACAAAAACGAGUCAAAUACACCCAACAAAUUUCAGUCUGUCAUAAUGAUAAAAAACUUGCUGCUAUCUUAACUAUGUGUAAAAAAUCUGUAUUUGUGUAAUAUCAUGAAUGGUUGAAUUCGUGGAUAUUUUUUCGCAAGUAUUUCUGUGAAAAAUUUGAAAUUCAACAGAAUGUUGAGCUUUGAACGUGUUAGUGAGACAUUUUUAAUUGAAUUCCGACGAUUACAAUUGACAAGUGUUACCCAAUUUGAAAUAAUUUUGUCCGAAGCUUCGAGUAACCUGAGGAGAUUCCAGUCUCAUGCAUUCCUCUGAGAAUAUUUUUUAUGUAUCGUUGUUAAGUGAAUACGAUGCAUUCGACUUCGACUCGACCACUUUAUUUAUGGCUCAACUUUGUUCUCUCUCGUUUUUUUUUUUUUUUUUUUUAAUUGGUGGUAGAGUUUGCCAAGAAUGUCGCAUGUUCGUAUACAGAGUUUAUGAAAAUAUAAUAUGCUGGCAUAUUCGUGUCUUUAUAGCGUGUUAUUGAAUUGUAUUCAACAAGAGAAAAAAACAGAUAUUCAGCUGCAUACGAAUCGCGUUGAUAAAAGUACAAGUACCGAAUUGAUGAUAGGAGGAAAGAAGUGAAUAUACUAAAAAUAUACACACAUAUAUUUAUAUAUUAUGAUUUUUCCAACAAAAUGAUAAGAAGUGAUGAGUACAAAAAAAAGAAAUAAAACAAAACUUAUUUUGUAUAGUUACGUUUAUAAGUAUUUUUUGCCGCCGAACAAAUCGACAGAACUUAUCCGAUAGGUGAUUCUUUAUUAUUCUCUUAAUAAUUGUAUUUUCGGGAAUUGCCAAUUAUCGUAACGUUGUUGUAUGCACAAUUGAAGAAGGAAACGUACAAAUCCACUCGUCGAAAGGUUGGUCCACAAAGAAAUGUGCAAAAUCAAAUUUUUCGACAAGGUCUUUUAAAAAAUGAGUUUAAAACCGAUGGAACAAUUCGAUUUUCCGUAAUGUGGAGGACACAGAAAUCUUUCAUGGUGUAAUUCGAUGUUACUGUUUUGUCAUUCCGUCGAAUGAUUUUAUUAAACGUGGUGCAAAAAACGA